AUUGCUUAGUUGUUAUUCUAUUACCUCGUGCACAUAUCUCUCAGGAGACGCGCUAGAAUGGUGUUUGAUAGGCAAAUUCGGACAAUUUUAAACCCCAAUCAGAAGAGGUUCCUUCAAGAUGAGAUGCGUUACAAGGAACGCCUGGAGCGUAUGCAGCGUGAGAGCAUCGCCUCUACAGGGCUCUACGCAAGAACGGAAUCCAUCAUGGACGAUCCUAAUCUACUAGACCAUCAUGACUCCUUUUACCACACCACGAAAAGCUUAUUGGUAAUGUUUCAAAUCAUGGGGGUAAUGCCAAUCAAGAGAAAUCCACCGAUCCCGGGACACGAAAGAACGACAUUCAGAUGGUCAGGAGUUUUCGCAUGGGCCGUAUUCAUCUACUGCGUGGAACUGGCUGUAGUCGUUUUCGUUGGAUACGAUCGUGUAGUAAAUUUUAUAAACAAUUCAGAUAAAAGAUUCGACGAAGUCAUCUACAAUAUCAUAUUUCUGAGUAUCCUUAUGCCACACUUUUUACUCCCGGUGGCUUCGUGGAAGAAUGGCCCCCAAGUGGCGAUAUUCAAAAAUAUGUGGACAAACUAUCAAUGGAAGUAUUUAAAAGUGACCGGAACGCCUAUUGUAUUUCCCAAUUUGUUCGUGCUAACUUGGUCAUUCUGUGUCCUUUCCUGGGUUAUAAGUGUUGUGGUAAUUUUACCACAAUACUUUCUUCAAGAGGACUUCCAACUGUGGCACACUUUUGCGUAUUAUCAUAUAAUUGCAAUGCUAAAUGGAUUCUGCAGUUUAUGGUAUGUCAACUGCAACGCAUUUGGAUUUGCCAGUCGCGCCCUUGCAAAAAGUCUACAGGAAACACUUGAAUCCAAGACGGCUGAUAAAUUAAUCGAAUACCGUCAUUUGUGGGUUGACCUUAGCCAUAUGAUGCAGCAGUUGGGUCGUGCUUACUCAAAAAUGUAUGGUAUUUACUGCUUGGUCAUUUUCUUCACUACUAUCAUUGCUACCUACGGCGCGUUAAGUGAAAUCAUCGAUCACGGAGCUACCUACAAGGAGUUCGGCCUCUUCGUCAUUGUCCUUUAUUGUAUGUCCUUGUUGUUCAUUAUAUGCAACGAAGCAUACUUUGCUUCGAAAAGCGUUGGGUUGGAUUUUCAAACAAGAUUGCUGAAUGUAAACCUGACAGCUGUGGAUGAUCCAAUACAGAAAGAGGUUGAAAUGUUUUUAGUGGCCAUUGAGAAGAAUCCUCCAAAUAUGAAUUUGGAUGGAUACGCGAACAUAAACAGAGAAUUGUUAACAUCGAAUAUCUCCUUCAUGGCCACAUACCUAGUGGUUUUACUGCAAUUCAAGUUGAGUUUAUUGCGGCAAGGCAUCAUAAGCGCCAUGAGGGCAAAUGCAACAAUGGCUAGACAACAUCAAUAAGAAAUAAAUCGAGUUUCUUCAUUAAAAACUACGAUUUGUAAAACAUUGGCCUAUAAAAAAAUUACCGUAUUAAUUAUUGAAAUUUUUGAUAAUCUCUCUCUUAUUAAAAGUUUAGAAACAAGCACCUGCUAAGCAAUAAAAUUUAAAGAUGCUUUAAUAAACAAGAA